UGUAUGUGUGUAUGUAUACGUAUGCACUUUAUUGAGUAAAAUCGACUAGAGAAAUUUGUAUCAGCUGUUUGUCUUAUCAGUCAGGCAUUGGAACGAAACGAGCAAUAGUGUAUUGACUUUCUUUGCGCAAACCAUAGAAUCUUUGAUAAGGAAAAAGGAGAAAAAUGUAUAUAAAGCGCAAGAGACGACAUAUUAAGAAAUGUUUUAAAAAGAAAAGAGGAAAAUUGUAGUCAGUGAUGUGAUGGCGGAAGAGCAUGCUAGACUAAAGACAUAAUCAGCGUGGCGCUUUAGGUGAAGAAAGUGAGACACGCAUGGCGAAUUAUUAAGAAUAUUAAUUGUAUUAAUAUCAAAAAAAAAAUAAAAAAAUAUUAAAAAUAUAUUGACGAAAAUAUGUAUUUUGGUCCAAAGCUACAUAACUUAAAAAUGCGAAAUUUCAAACACUUCAGCGCGCUGCUUCUUGCAUUGUGCAUUAUUUUAAAUCUAAACGUGGCGAAUGCGCAAUUUUGGAAACUCAAUAGUCCAACUGAUAGAGACCUUUUUAUAUUGGAAACGAAAUCGUUAAUGGCAUCCGGUAUUUGCUAUAAGGAAGUGCUCGGUGAAGCUAAUGAACCUACAUUGAAAAUGCAAACAAUCUCGUAUUGUUGUCCUGGUUAUUUGCGCAUUACUCGCUCGACGGCAAUGCGCUGUGAACCCAUCUGCACGGAAGAUUGUUCUAAUGGCAUUUGUACAGCGCCGGAUGUUUGUGAAUGUUAUCCAGGCUAUAUGCGCGCCGGUGGAAGAUGUGAGGAGUUAUAGUACACUAUGAACUCUUAAAUUUUGUUUAGUAUAUACUCAUGUAUUAAAUUAAUAAAAUUAAAUGAAACAAAAAUGAAAUACAAGUUUGAAAUGAUGUUGAGAUACUGAACAUAUGAAAUCAACA